AUGAUCAAAUAUAAACAAAUCACAUUAGUUGAUCUAAAAAAUAUAGAAAUUCUUUUUGUUCUCCUUCUAUUCAGUUGUUUAACAUUCAUUUGGUUUACUUUCAUAUCACUUAAGUUUACUGCCAUUAUUGCUUUAACUAUUUGUUCUAUAACUGUUAUCUUAAAAAUUAGAUGGAUUAGAAUUAAGAGAUAAGGAUUCCUAAACAAUAUUUCUAAUAAACUUAGAAAGAUUUUAUUAGAAAGAUCAUUAUUUGAUAUACUAUGUGAUAUUUGGUACUUUGAAACUAUUAAGAGACAUGUUAGAGUAUUUUUAAGUCCAUUUCUAAUUAAAAAAACCCCUGAAGAAAUAAUAGAAUCAUUUGAAGAUAUCAAUCCUAAUUUAAAAGAAGCUAUUCUUAGAAAAGGAACUAUUAAUUUAUUUCCAGAACCAAUAAAAAAAGAAUUAAUAGAAAACUACAUUAAAGAAGAUGAACUCUAAGAUAAUUAGGAUAAAUAAUUACAUCAAUAAAUCAUACAACAACCACUUAAAGUUGAACAUUGGGAUAGAUAUUCAGAUUAUGAAUAAUAUACACAAAAAAAAAGAAAAAAUAACUCACAAACAUUAUUACAUGUUAUCUCUUUGCUUAUGCAUAAACCAAUUGUUCAUAAGGAAAAUCAUAAACUUAAUUUACGAAAGUAUUAUUAUUAUUUGUUAAUAUAUUAUUAGAUUAUCUAGCAACACAAAAACUUUAUUGAUUGGAUCCAUCAUUUGUAUUAUUAUUUAGAUGUAUUUUUCGAAAUCAUCUCGAAGAAUCUAUAAAAAAGCUUUUACAGUUGUAUCUUCCAUGUCUUUAUUGGCAUUAGCAUCCACUGCUUUAGGAGUUAUGGCUUUAAGUAAUAAAAAAUAAAAAACAUUAUGA